AUGAAUGCAGCAGUGAGGAGCGCGUUGCAGGAUGCGUUGAAACAGUCCGCUGCAUCGUCCAGUACUACGGAUACAAGUGUUUUUGCACCUGCUAUUGCUGUUGCUAUUUGCCAUAUUUGUCGUUUCAAGAAUGAAGUUGAUAAUGGCGAGGGUCGUAUUCUUCUGGUCAAUAUUGGUAGUGAUCUGAUUGGCGAGCAUAAUAUUUUGAUGAAUAUUUUCUUUGCUGCUCAUAAACAUAACAUUAUAAUCGAUAUCGCCAAUACAGGCGAAGCAGCACCAAUUUUACAACAAGCAAGCGAUAUAACUGGUGGAACGUACUUUAAUGUGCAGAAUCCACGACAACUGUUGCAGUAUACGACGGUAAGUAUUGCUAAUGUGACGUACGGCUUCCUGCGCUCUCCCUCUCUCACCCUUCUCAAUGCUUAA